CGCCCUGUCCCGUGAGUUGGUAAUUAACAAAAAAAAAAGAAAAACCUAGCGUCCCCAAGAUGAUGUACUACAUCCGGGAGACGAUCUCGUUCGUCGUGGCGUACGCGAUGUGCCUGUUCUACAGUGCACGCGUCGCCUUCAGCCUACUGGUGAUGUUCGUCACCAAGCCGCACACCAAGUUUUGGGUCACCAAGGAGCGGCCAGUGCCGCCGCCAAGUCUACGCGAUCACGGUUGUGGUGUCGACAAGUACCAGAACGCCAACGGCAUCAAGAUUCACUACGUGGAAAAUGGGGAUCCCUCGAAGCCGCUGAUGCUGUUCGUGCAUGGCUUUCCCGAGUUCUGGUACUCCUGGCGCUACCAGCUGAAGGAGUUUUCCAAAGACUACUGGGUCGUGGCGCUGGAUAUGCGUGGCUACGGUGACACGGCGAAACCCGAGUACCGAUACGCGUACCGGAUUGACAAUAUGACGGAAGACAUUCGGUGCCUCGUGCGUGCAUUAGGACGCCAAAAGUUUACCCUUGUCGCGCACGAUUGGGGCGCAGUGAUUGGGUGGCAUUUCAUUACCAAACACAUGGACAUGGUCGACCGGUACAUAAUGAUGGAUGCUCCGUCGCGGAAGGUCGCCCGCAAGCUGUACAGCACCAGCAAGGAACAGUUCCGAAUGUCCUGGUACAUCUUCUUCUACCAGAUGCCAUGGUUGCCGGAAUUCUUCGUCCGGAUGAUGGACCUCCGCAUCUUUAAAAUGCUGUUCCGGGAGCACGGCGGCGACGAGGUGAUCGAGGCGUACAAAUACACCUUCGCCAAGCCCGGCGCGCUAACGUACCCAAUCAACUAUUAUCGGGACAACUUCCGGUUCUUCUCGGACGAGCUGCGCCCGCCCCGACCGAAGACGUUCGCCCCCGGGCUGUAUCUGUUGGGCGAGAAAGAUCUCUACAUCUCCAAGGAAACGGGCCCGCUGAUGCAGCGGGAGUUUGACAACUUGGAGUUCAAGAUUGUGCCCGGCGUGGACCACUUCCUGCAGCAGCACAAUCCCGAGCUAGUCAACCGGUACAUGCGCGAGUUCCUGGCGAAGAAGAACUAGAG